AUUCGAGAUGAUUCUCGGUAUCGACAUCAGUCUUCCAAACGAGACAAAUCAAUACACACAUCAACAAAAUGAACACCAUCGUUGUUCUUGCCGCCCUUGUAGCUGUUGCUGUUGCAGCUCCACCGGCAAUAGUGCCUCAGCAAAUAGUUCUCGUUAAAGAAGUUCCCUCUGACAACGUCGGCCUUGGCGGUUACACUUAUGGUUUCCAACUUUCUGAUGGACAAGCCAGAGAGGAAACUGCAGAAUUAGUCGGGGGUGGAACUGAUGACCAAUUCUUAAGAGUUCGCGGUAGUUUCAGCUUCGUCGACCCACAUACCAAUGUUGCAUACACUGUGAAUUACGUCGCCGAUGAGAAUGGUUUUCACCCAGAGGGAGAACAUCUUCCACGUGUUUAAAUUUUACGAAUACUCACCAUAGCAACACCUUGAUUAUGCAAAAACCCCGAGCACUUUCGAUUGAUUCUGUUUGACCAUUAUGCUCAAUAUUACAUGUGUACCUCGUUUACAUCUGCAAUAAUGUACAUUUCUGUAUCAUAGUUACGUUAAUGUUUAAUAAAUACUACAAUUAGUUA